GAAGAAUUGCAGGUUAUCGUUUUUCGUCAUGAAUCUUGUCUAGUGGAAAUCUCUCAGAUCUGCCUCCAGGACAAGACUCAUCCCAAUAAACAUCAAACUGUAGAAGAGUCACACCAUUUCACCACGUAGUGUGUUUCAGUUGGACAGACUGGACAGAGCGCAGCCGACACAGCGACGGUGUGAGUGGAGCAGAGAGAACCGAGGAUGGGGGGCGGAGGUCAGCAGACGGAGUCAAGCGAGCCGGCCAAGGGUGACGGGGUUGGGCCCGGUGGAGGGCGAGGUGGCAGUGCAGUCUACACCUGGGAAGAGGUUCUGAGGCACUGCCACAGAGGCGACCAGUGGUUGGUCAUCGACAGGAAGGUCUAUAAUAUUACCCAGUGGGCGAAGAGACACCCGGGGGGCAUCAGGGUCAUCAGUCACUUUGCUGGAGAAGAUGCCACGGACGCCUUUUCCGCAUUCCAUCCCGAUCCUAAUUUUGUCAGGAAGUUUCUGAAGCCGUUGCUGAUUGGAGAGCUGGCACCGACAGAGCCCAGCCAGGACCAGGGGAAAAAUGCAGCUCUGGUGCAGGACUUCCAGGCCCUGCGCGACCGUGUGGAGAGUGAGGGUCUCCUCCGUGCCCGCCCCCUGUUCUUCAGCCUCUACCUGGGCCACAUCCUGCUACUAGAGGCCCUGGCUUUGGGCCUGCUCUGGGUCUGGGGGACCAGCUGGAGCCUCACACUGCUCUGUUCCCUCAUGCUGGCCAUGUAAUAGAGUCAUAAUGUA